CUGUCUGUGCAGGUUACCUAGGACCAUGCUGAGGCUGCUCCUGCUGUCUUUGGGACUCCUGCAGGGAAUCCAUGCUAUCUUUGCCUCGAGCUCCAGCCACAACCGUCUGGAUGAGGUGGGAUCCAUUCUGAAGGAAGCGGGAAGGGCCAGCUACCCAAGCCUUCUCCAGCUGGUCAAAGAGGCACCCCCAGAUUUUGAGCAGCUGGCCCUGGAGGUUCCAAUAGCCCAAGAUGACCUUGUGCCAGAAGCAAGCAUGAUAGAGUCACAGAUGUUGUCAUCAGCCCUGCAGGCCCAGGGACGAGAAGAGCGCUCCCCGAGGAGAUGCGUCCGCUUGCAGGAAUCCUGCCUUGGCCACAAACUCCCUUGCUGCGAUCCAUGUGCCACUUGCUACUGCCGUUUUUUCAAUGCCAAUUGCUUUUGCAAGAAAUUCAGCAAUACUUUUCCAUGUGGCAAAAACUAGCCUGAAUUCUGAAGGAUUUUCUCUCAUCCCUGUGUACAAGCUAGGCUUUCUUAUGCUCCCUUUACUGUUCUAAUAAAUAGCUGAAGUAAA